CAGCAACAAUACUUGCACUGCAAUAAUGCUGAUGAUUUGGUUUCAUUAGGAUUGUUGGGAGAGAGGUCUGCUGUCAGGUACGCUUCCCUCGGUCUAAUUUGGUGUCCAUGUGCACCCUACCCCUGGAGCUUGUAGGCCUCCCAUAGACACAAGAACUCGCCGAGGUCACCGAAACCGUCAAUAUCGUACUUAUGAUGGUCGUCGGAAGCACACAACCAUCGAUUAUCGAUCCAUUCAUCCUUGCCGACGAGAUCGCUCUGGACGAGGCCCUGGACGUGCUCGACCCCCUUCGUCACCUCAGAAACCAAGACGACCCCAGCGAUGACAUCUUACUAGUUCCAACCCAGCCGCGUUCCGUUCAGAACCAAUGCAUUAAUUUGACGUUCCCCAAACCUGCCCCGCAAGGCAGUUCUACAGCGAUACAAAUCACUCUCAGGGUGGACGCGUCUCCUGGAUGUGGCGGGAUAGCAUGGCCAGCCGGCGAGGUUCUCUCGAAUUACAUCGCUCUCCGGGGUGAACAGUACUGUCAUGGAAAAACGAUCUUGGAGCUGGGAAGCGGGACCGGUCUAGUCGGGCUGGUUGCUGGUGCGCUCGGUGGGCAUGUCUGGAUUACGGAUCAAGCGCCACUACUCGGGAUCAUGAAAGAUAAUGUGAAUGUGAACAACUUGCAAUCCUUGGUCACGGUCGCCGAGCUCAACUGGGGGGAAAAUGUGCCAUCAGAUAUUCCCCGCCCUGAUAUGAUCCUAGCAGCGGAUUGCGUGUAUUAUGAGCCGGCUUUCCCCCUUCUGGUUAAGACGCUAUCAGAGCUCUCGGGAGAAAAAACGGAAAUCUUAUUCUGUUACAAGAAGAGGAGAAAGCGUUUCUUUACUCUCCUUAAGAAGCAGUUCAACUGGAGAGAGGUUAACGAUGAUCCAAAUCAAGAAAGCUAUGCACGCGCGGCAAUUUCACUGCUGCUGCUGACGAGAAGGGAGUUAGCUGUGUAUGGUGAUAAAGUCUAGUGCCUUGAAGCUUAAAUGUGUAGAUAAGUAAUCACCCUGCAUGUCGUAGUACUUGAUGGCACAAUGGCAGCCCACAUGGCAUGAUGUUGCCCAUGUAGAAGCGCAUCGAUAAGGGGC